AUGCAGGCUGCUCUGCCAGACACAGGCGAUGGGGCCCGGACAAUGCGCCAGCACGGAUGGCAGCCGACAACCAAUCUCUCUGGUAAGACGGUCGUGCCUCUCGCCCUGUCUGCCGGCCUUUCUGGCAUCUCGCCUGCCAUCUUCUGCCAUCCGCCUGCUCUGCCCGUGCUGAUUUCCCGCCCGCAGGUGCAGGCAUUUUCUUCUGGUGCAUUCUGGCCAGAGAUCUCCCGUCAAAAAGCCAUCGACCUCGGAGUCGCCGCCGUCAACACUGCCAAUACCGUCCCCUGCUGCGUCUGGUAUGUUUCUCCGGCCCUCUCCCUGCACGCGAUCAUGGCUGCAUGCUUUUUCCCGUCUUUCUCGCCGUCCCGGCCUGGAUCGGUGCCGUCGUUGGCUGCGGCUCUCCGCCCAAGUUAUGGCCCACUGCCUCCCAAAACUGCCCGUGGGCUCCCUGUCACCGCCGUCUUCUCCCCCCUUCCCGACUCGCACCUCGCCCUGGCCGAGUCCUCUUGCUCGCACCUGCUCUGGCUUCUUCGUGUUUUGCUGACGUCGCUGCCAUUCUGCAGAACCUGCCAGACAUCGGUCUCUGCGCUCCCGAUCUGCGCCGGCCUAAUCCAAGCCAGAGCGGAAAAGAGAGAAACAGAACACGAGACUCAGGAGAGGCGGGCACUGAGAGUGGUCGCUGCUGCUGCCGCUGCUGCUUGCUGGCUGGGCCACUGUGUCGGCCCCAACCGCUGCUCAUCUUCAUCGCCGCUGCCAUUUCGACCCAAACCGGCCCAUUCACCUUUCCCAUCUCCCCAUCUUUCCCAUUGUCCGUCGGCCGCUCGUGCGAUGGAAUACAACCAUACUGCCCACAGCCCUGGGACCCCUGCAGCCAUGUCGGCCACAGGCGCCACCCCACGGCCGUCUGAUCCCAAGACGGUCCGCUUCCAGCUCAUCACGCCCGACUCACCGCACACUACCGCCCGUCUGCCAAUGCGCGUGCAAAUCUACCCCCACGAUGCCACAGACUCCAUCGUCACCACGGUCAAGAACUUCUACGGGCUCUACUCGAGCCCGACCAGCUCCAAGGGCGUCAGCUUUGAGGACGAGGCCGGCAACACCAUGAUUGCUCGCUACGAGAACUUCCGCGACAACAUGGUCGUCUACGUCCGCGUCAUUGAGGAGCCGGCGCUCUCGCCCAGUGCUUUUGCCACCCGCAGCUACCGUUCGCCGCCUGCUGUGGCCGCUGGCGAGCACUACGACGAGCAGGCCCGUGAUCUGGAUGCUCCUUACCACCCGUCCUAUGCUCCCCUGCAUCACCACCACCACCUCCACCACCACCACAACGACGACUUCAUCUCGCGCCCCGGCUCCCGCACUUCGCGCAAGCGUAGCCUGUCGCCCAACAGCGCUCGCGGCCGUCGGAGCGACUCGGCCAGCACCAAUUCCAAGAACCGGUCGCGCUCUUCCAAGAACCGCGGCAUCGCCGGCAACGAUGCGUACGGUGGCGACAGCCUGAACGGCUACACUAGCGGUGAUGGUGCGCCUGGCUCUGCCACCGGCCGUAUCAAGGAGCAGCAGCCCAUUGGCAACACCGAGAUCAGCGUCGAGAACAUUGUCGAAGGCGGCCGCCGCAAGAGGGCCAAGUUUGAGAGCUCAGAACUGCCCUUGUUUGCUCCGCCCCAGAUGCCUGCUGCGACUUCCAACCCAUCUGUCUCGCCUGCCCGCCGUUCGGACCACCGGCCGUCGCUCCCCUUUGUCUACCCCGGCCAGAACCCGUUUGCCGGUGCCGGUGCCCUGCACUCGCCGCAGAGCCAUCACACACACUUUGGACAGAGCGGCAUAUAUGCUACUCCCGGCUCGGACGGCCGCCGCACGCGUGCCAGCAUCGGCUAUUCGAGUGUCGGUGCCGGCAUGGGCGUCCUUCCCACUCCCGAUCCGACGGUCAGCUCCGUGUCGGAAGAAGACAAGGAUGUGGCCAUGCAGCUCAUGCGCCUGGGCGAGAUGUCCAACUUCUCGUACGGCCGUACGUCGACCUCGACGCAAGACGACACCUUCAGCGGCAGAGCAGAUGCGGCGUCGUCCACGGGCGCCACGAGCGACUCGGACAGCGACUGUGACUGCGACAGCAGCCUUGGUGGCGGUGAUUCGGACGAUGCGCAGGUCAAGCGCAAGCUGAAGCCGGACGUGGACGGCAUGAGCCGGAAGAUCUACCAGUCGGUGGAGAGCGGCUACGGUGGCGACAUUGACGUGGACGAGAAGAUCAAGUCGCCCGUGCCGACGCCGGUCUCGGUGCCAGUGCCGGGACUGAUGGCCGCACCCAAGCUCAAGAAGACCACAGCCAAGACAGCAUCAGCCUCCAGCGGUGGCGCCGUGAAGCCGCCACGGGCACAGACGGCGAAGCCGAAACCAAAGACGGCCAAGGCCAAGGCCGCCGGGAGUUCUGCGGCACAGAACGGGAGCAAGGCGAAAAAGACGAACGCCAUUGCCCCGGGCGUGCCAAUGUCGCCGGCAUCGAUGCCAGCGUCACGGAAGCUGUCGGUUGCGUCCAACGGCGGUGGCGUCCCGAUUGCGGCAGCGACGGCUGCCAGCAGCGGUGGUGCCGGGGACGAGGAUAUUGCGGACCUGUCAAGCAAGCCACGCUGUCAGCGAUGCCGCAAGAGCAAGAAGGGCUGUGAUCGCCAGCGGCCCUGUGGUCGGUGCCGGGAUGCCGGGAUCCCAGCAGAGCUCUGCAUCAGUGAAGACGAGGGUAACGGACGCAAGGGCCGCUAUGGCCGGCACAUGGGCGUGCCCAUUAAGAAGGACACUGCUGCUGGCGCUGACUCUCCCAUGCAGCCGCCGCCGCUGCCGCUGCCGUCUGCCGCUGUUGCUGCUGCCGCUGCUGCAAUCUCGGCUUCGGCCGUGUCGGCAGCCGUCUCUCCGGCUCAGUUGCCCCAAUCGGUCUCGCAUCCGGCAUACCAGCUGCCCCCGAUCAGCUCGCUGGGCCAGCUGGGCCAGCAGCAGCCGCUACUGCAGAAGUCGCUGUCCUCUCUUCUUCCGCCGGCCCCGAUCUCGGCCACACCCAUCCUGGCUCCGACCAUUCCCGCCAUGGCCAUGGCGAGCGCCGACAAGAACAAGAAGCGGAAGCGGUGA